AUGGUGAAGCCAAAGAAAAAAGCAACAGCACAAGAAAAAUUAGCCAAAGAUAGGCUACGAAAGAAGGAAAAAUAUGCAGAAAUCAAAAAAGAUCCUGAAAAAUACAGACUUGAAAAAGAGAAAGAAAGAAAGAAGUACCUUCUAAGAAAAGAAAAGAAAAAGAUUCUCAGCAUAGCAGAAAUGACUGACAGACAAAAAAGGGAGCAAAGGCGAAGAUGGCGAAAAAACUCAAGAAAAUAUUUGAAUAAAUUAAAGGAACAAAAGAAGAUAGAACGUGUUUUACUGGAAAACUCACCACCCACAAGCGAAAAUGAAGAAAUUGCGCAUAUAGCAGAUCCCGAUCCUUUGAUGGAAAUAGAAAAAACACCAAAGACAGUCAAUAGCAAAGCAACCCAAUCGAUCCAAGUAAAUUCAAGUGGUACAAGAAAAUUGCGAUAUAGAUCAAUGAAAGUAAUUUCUAAUUUAAAGAAAGAAAUAAAUAAACUAAAGAGAGAUAAGGAUAUGCUGAGGAGAACAAAUAAAAAAAGAGCGAGAAAUGCAGAGAGUAAAAAAUAA